UGUGGACAUGUGGUUCUCUCAACAACGCUACUGCUAGUCAUCUAGUCUAGUCUAGAAUAGAAAAAGGUUGCAGAACGCCUUUUCCGUAGGAAGCAAAACAAUCAAACCAAACAAAGAAACAUGAAACAGUCCUUUCUGAUCACGGUGACAAUCACGGUGGCGCUAUUAUCAGCAACCACCACAACCGCCCAACAGCCAGAAUGUGCUUCAAAGUUAGUUCCAUGUGCACCUUACCUUAACUCAACAAAACCAAAACCACCAGCAUCUUGUUGUGACCCACUUAGAGAAGCUGUAACUACAGAUCUUGCUUGUCUUUGCAAACUUUAUGAAAAUCCCACUUUGUUACCUAGUCUUGGUAUUAAUGUUACUCUUGCUAUUGGUCUUCCUAAAUACUGUAAUAUCCCUGGUGAUGUUACCGCUUGUAAAGCGGCUGCUCCAAGUUCAGGUUCUCCUUCAAAGACAACACCAGCUGCAAAAGAUAAAAGUGGAGUGAGCAGGGUCGCAUGGACUGGAAUGUCAAGCUUACUCGUGCUCUUUGCUUCUUUCGUGCUUGCUUAGUUAAGUGUUGGGGAAAUGUUGAUGAAUUUCUUUACUUCAGUAUCAUUUAGGGAAUUGGCAGAUUGCAUUUCAUGAAUUUAUCGCUUGUAUUCUGUGAAGUUUGCAUUGUAUUAUAUGCUGAGAUGAACUAAAUUGAUGUGUGAGUUGGAGGAGAUAUUUUAAUGUUUCACGAUUUGCAUA